CACUCUAUUCGCUAAUCACAUUUCGAUCCCCAAUGGUUUUGUCGGUGUACAAUGAUUAUUAAUUUAUUGAAGAGGCAAAUACCCGGUGCCCAUGAACACUGUAGGAUCUUGACUCUCAAAAAUCAAGUGUAAAUAAAUCAGCUUUACUUCACUCAUUAGUCUCUACAUAGAAUGAAAGACAAGUGCUCAAAUCUCAAUUACCAAGCUCUAUGAGAUUUAUUUCUUGGUUCUGAUUGAGGCUUGUGAGAAAAGUGGGAAAAAAUGUUGGGUCGGCCGUCAAUUUUGCUGUCCCGGACUGGAAAUUUCAGGCCAGAAAAUUUGGGUCAAAAUGCUAUGGCAAUGAUAGGGAACCUUUGUUUCACUAUAUUUGUACUUGGGGUUUUGAUUUUCACUAUAAUUGCUGCAACUUAUCAGCCUGAAGACCCUUUGUUUCACCCUUCAGAAAAAAUCACUAAUUUCCUUGCUUCCAAAUCUAAUGCUACAUUUAGAGCUGAUGAUACUGUUGUGAGGACUGGUGAGGACUUUCUCGGUGCUAAUCAGACAGCAUUUUCGACCUUCAUUAACCUCAAUGAUGUUGAUGUUCCGGAAACUGCUGAUGCUGGAAGUGUCACUGAGAAUAAUUUGGAUUGUCGUGGCAAGAUUGACGAUCCCAUCGAUUGCACUGAUCCGGACGUGUUUCAUUUGUUGAUGAGGGCUGCCAUUGAGAAGUUCAAGGACAUACAUUUUUACCGGUUUGGGAAGCCGGUCAGGGGAUUGAAUGAUAGUUCCUGCCACAUGGCAUGGCGGUUUAGGCCUAAGGAAGGGAAGACUGCUACCUUUUAUAAGGAUUACCGGUCUUUUGUAGUUUCUAGGUCGGAGAACUGCACCCUUGAUGUGGUCAGUAUAGGUGAUUAUCAUUCUGGUGGAAAUGCUCGCAAGAGGAAGAGAAAGAACAAGACAGGGUUUGACGGAACUCCUGGUAAGCUAGAUGAGGGGUUUGAGAAGGCAACUCCUAAGACAGAGGGUGAACCUAUUGCUCUGCCUGUGGUUGGGGAAGCUGUAAAUGACUCACUGCCUGUGGUGGAGUCGGAGAGUUCAUUUGGUAAUGGUAAGUAUUUGAUUUAUUCUGGAGGUGGGGAUAGGUGCAAGAGCAUGAGCCAUUACCUUUGGAGCUUCAUGUGUGCGUUGGGAGAGGCUCAAUAUUUGAAUAGGACAUUGGUAAUGGACUUAAGUAUUUGUUUAUCCAAGAUUUACACUUCGUCUGGUGUAGAUGAGGAAGGAAAGGAUUUCAGGUUUUACUUUGAUUUUGAGCACUUAAAGGAUUCAGCGUCGGUCCUCGAUCAGGUCCAGUUUUGGUCAGAUUGGAAGCAAUGGCAUAAAAAAGACGGACUAAGUUUGCAUCUUGUGGAAGAUUUUAGGAUUACACCGAUGAAGUUAUCUGGAGUGCAGGAUACUUUAAUCAUGAGGAAAUUUGGUUCUGUAGAGCUAGAUAAUUACUGGUACAGGGUAUGCGAGGGCGAGACAGAAUCUGUCGUUCAAAGACCAUGGCAUCUGGUAUGGAAAUCAAGACGAUUGAUGGACAUUGUUUCAGCUAUUUCAUCAAGGUUGAAUUGGGAUUAUGACUCAGUUCAUGUUGUAAGGGGGGAGAAGGCAAGGAAUCAUGAAAUGUGGCCACAUUUGGCAGAAGAUACUUCUCCCGAGGCUCUACUGUCUAGCUUGCAGGACAAGAUCGAUGAUGGGAGGAACCUGUACAUUGCAACCAAUGAACCAGAUACAUCCUUUUUUGACCCUUUAAAAGACAAGUAUUCCACCCAUUUCCUUCAUGAAUAUAAAGAUCUUUGGGAUGAAAACAGUGAGUGGUAUGCAGAGACAGCCAAACUUAAUAACGGGAAUCCAGUUGAAUUUGAUGGGUACAUGAGGUCGUCAGUCGACACGGAAGUUUUCUUUAGGGCUAAAAAGCAGGUUGAGACAUUUAAUGAUCUCACCAAAGACUGCAAGGAUGGGAUCAAUACAUGCACUUCGUCCAGCUAAUUUCUGACUGGCAUUUGAACUUUGAAGCUUUACUCCUGCAGUUUUUGGAUAAAUCUAUACCAUACUGUUUGUUUUAGGUAUGUUUUUGUCUUAGUUUUUAGAAUGAAUUCGUAAGUAUCUAUUUUGAAAAGCAAUAACAGAUUAGUUCUUUAGUUGGGGUACCUCUUUAUAGUGUAGUUGCAUUGUUCUCGGUUUCUGCUUCAAGCUUGUAUCCUUCCAUUUGGUAAGUUAAUAAGAAUGUCAUUUGUGCUCC